AUGGAGGAAGGCGGCGGCGGCGGCAGCGGCGGAGGAAGAGGAGGAGAAGGAGGAGGGCUGGCCCCAGCUGAGGCCCUGGAGGAGGUGGGCGAGUCGCCCCGUGGCUUGCCUACGGGACCCGAGGGCAAGGCGGGGCUGGCCAAGCUGGAGAGCUCAGUGGAGGCUGCAGGCGGCGACGCCGAGGGCAGGUGCGGGCCGCGCCGCCGGGUUCUGAGGGCUGUAUAUGUGCACAGCGAAAGUUCCCAGGGGGCGGCGGCCAGCGGCCCAGAGGCUGGUGCGCUCAAGUGCCUGCUUCGGGCCUGCGAGGCCGAGGGCGACCACCUCACCUCCAUCCCUUUUGGGGAGCUUGACUUCGGGAAGACAGCCGUGCUUGAUGCCUUCUACGAAGCAGAUGUUGCCAUUGUGGACAUGAGUGAUAUCUCCAGACAGCCUUCCCUUUUCUAUCAUCUUGGAGUCCGAGAGAGUUUUGACAUGGCUAAUAAUGUAAUUCUGUACUACGAUACUGAUGUAGACACUGCUCUGUCAUUGAAGGAUAUGGUUACUCAGAAGAACAUAGCAUCUAGUGGAAAUUACUAUUUCAUCCCCUACACUGUGACACCACGUGGUGAUUAUUUGUGCUGCGAGAGUGAUGCCCAAAGGAGAGCCUCAGAAUACAUGCAACCAAACUGGGACACAAUCCUGGGCCCACUGUGUAUGCUCCUGGUGGACAGGUUCACUAGCCUCCUUAAGGACAUCCGUGUGACCUCAUGUGCUUAUUACAAAGAAACCUUGUUAAAUGACAUCCGUAAAGCCAGAGAGAAAUACCAGGGUGAUGAACUGGCAAAAGAGUUGACUCGGAUCAAAUUCCGCAUGGAUAACAUUGAGGUUCUGACAUCAGACAUCAUCAUUAACUUACUUCUGUCCUACCGUGACAUCCAGGACUAUGAUGCAAUGGUCAAGCUGGUAGAAACACUGAAGAUGCUGCCUACGUGUGAUUUGGCUGAUCAGCACAACAUUAAAUUCCACUAUGCAUUUGCACUGAAUAGGUGUUCUGUUCUGGUAAUAGAACCAACCAAAGUCUACCAACCUUCUUAUGUUUCUAUCAACAAUGAAGCUGAGGAAAGAACUGUAUCUUUAUGGCAUGUCUCACCCACAGAAAUGAAACAAAUCCAUGAGUGGAAUUUUACAGCCUCUUCUAUUAAGGGAAUCAGCCUAUCCAAGUUUGAUGAACGGUGCUGUUUUCUUUAUGUCCAUGAUAAUUCUGAUGACUUUCAAAUCUACUUUUCCACUGAAGACCAGUGUAAUAGAUUUUGCUCUUUGGUCAAAGAAAUGCUAAACAAUGGAGUGGGCAGUACAGUGGAGUUGGAGGGAGAGGCUGAUGGAGACACCGUAGAGUAUGAGUAUGACCAUGAUGUGAAUGGGGAGAGAGUUGUCUUGGGGAAAGGCUCCUAUGGGAUUGUGUAUGCUGGCCGAGAUGUCAGUAAUCAAGUACGAAUAGCCAUCAAGGAAAUCCCAGAGAGAGAUAUCAGGUACUCUCAGCCUCUGCAUGAAGAAAUAGCCCUGCACAAGUAUCUCAAGCACCGCAACAUUGUCCAGUACCUGGGCUCUGUUUCAGAGAAUGGCUACAUUAAAAUAUUUAUGGAGCAGGUGCCUGGAGGAAGCCUUUCUGCUCUCUUACAAUCCAUAUGGGGACCAAUGAAGGAACCCACUAUCAAGUUUUAUACCAAACAGAUCCUAGAAGGCCUGAAAUAUCUCCAUGAAAACCAGAUAGUCCACAGGGACAUAAAGGGUGAUAAUGUUCUGGUGAACACCUAUAGCGGAGUGGUAAAAAUCUCUGAUUUUGGAACCUCUAAACGCCUCGCAGGAAUUAACCCAUGCACUGGGACCUUUGCAGGGACUCUUCAGUACAUGGCACCUGAGAUUAUUGAUCAAGGACCUCGAGGGUAUGGUGCUCCAGCUGAUAUCUGGUCCUUGGGCUGUACCAUCAUUGAGAUGGCAACCAGCAGGCCUCCGUUCCAUGAGCUUGGUGAGCCACAAGCAGCCAUGUUUAAGGUAGGGAUGUUUAAGAUCCAUCCUGAAAUUCCAGAAACCCUUUCAGCUGAGGCCAGAGCCUUCAUCUUAUCUUGCUUUGAGCCUGACCCGAACAAACGGGUCACUGCUGCUGAUCUGCUUCAAGAACGGUUCUUAAGGCAGGUGAACAAAGGCAAGAAGAACAGAAUUGCUCUCAAGCCUUCAGAGGGUGUCCGGAGUGACACUGGCGCUCUGGCCCUGCCCUCAUCAGGUGAGCUUAUGGGCAGCAGCAGCAGUGAGCAUGGCUCCGUCUCCCCAGACUCGCAUGCCCAGCCAGAUGCAUUCUUUGAGAAGGUCCAGGUGCCCAAGCAUCAGCUCAGCCAGCUUCUCAGUGUCCCAGAUGAAAGCUCAGCCAUAGAUGACCGAAGCACAGCCAUAUCCCCAGAGGAGAAGGACACUGGUCUCUUUCUAUUGUUCAAGAACAGUGAGUGCAGAGCCAUCCUGUACAGAAUCCUCUGGGAGGAACAGGACCAAGUGGCUUCCAAUUUGCAGGAGUGUGUGGUCCAGAAUUCAGAAGAGUUGCUUCUCUCAGUUGGCCACAUCAAACAGAUAAUCGGAAUCCUAAGGGACUUCAUCCGCUCCCCAGAGCACAGGGUGAUGGCAGCCACAAUAUCAAAACUAAAGUUGGACCUGGACUUUGACAGUUCAUCCAUCAGCCAGAUUCACCUGAUUCUGUUUGGAUUCCAGGAUGCUGUCAAAAGAAUUCUGAAGAACCACUUAAUUAGUCCCCACUGGAUGUUUGCAAUGGACAACAUCAUUCGCAGAGCUGUGCAGGCUGCAGUUACCAUUCUCAUCCCUGAGCUCCAGGCCCACUUUGAGUCUGCCUCUGAGAUGGAAGGGGGAGACAAGGACACAGAAGUGGAAGGGGACCAUCCCCUAGUAGACCUACUCAGCCAAGAAAUACAUGGGACACCCAGAGGCACCGGGCCUGGCUUAAUGGCUAUCCAGGAGGGCCAGCCCCACCAGCAGGACCCAAGUCUCCAACUGAGCGAGCUCAGGCAAGAAACCAACAGACUUUGGAAACACCUAGUUCAAAGAGAGAGAGAGUACCAGAAUCUUCUACGGCUAACUCUAGAACAGAAAACUCAAGAAUUACAUCACCUCCAGUUACAAUACAAACCCAGUGGUGGUACAGAGAAUCCAGCACCCCCUGAUGGACUGGGAACUGACAGAGAGCUUAUAGACUGGUUACAACUUCAAGGAGUGGAUGCAAAUACAAUAGAAAAGAUUGUUGAAGAGGAUUAUACACUUUCUGAUAUUCUCAAUGAUAUCACUAAGGAAGACCUAAGAUCCCUCAGACUACGCGGUGGUGUCCUCUGUAGGCUCUGGCAAGCAGUCUCCAAGCACAGAAGACAAACACAGGAGUCCCCACAGUGAGCUAAGCUGGGGGGA